AUGAAAAAAGAAAUAGAUUUAGUUUGUGAAUUGGAAUGGAGAAAAUUUGAUUGGAAUAUUAUGCCUAAAAGUGUACAUUCCUCACAAUUCUUUGCCUGGAAAAUUUUUAUUAUGGCUCAAAUAUUCUCAGAGUUUGACACUUUUAUUUGGUGUGAUACUUCAAUACAAUUUGUAGAAGCUUCUGCUUUAAUUCCAUUAUUUGACUCUAUUGAAAACGGGAGUAUUUCACCCGUUGUUCUUCCUAGUGGUUAA